AUGGAAGGUCAAAAGAAAUUAGUUUUUGCAGUUGUUCAUGGCAUAGUUCAAGGUGUUAUGUUUAGACAAACAUUUCUUCACGCUUGCUACAAACGAGGAAUCGCUGGUGGCGCAACAAAUCAUCCAGAUGACAUUCAUCGCGUAGAUUUAUCAAUGGCUGGCGAUGCUUCCAAAAUCCAAGAAAUAUUAGACAAAAUGGCAUCAGGUGAUAAGUUAAAUUCUAAUCUUGCUCGUGUUGAAAAACUUGAAAUUGUCGAAGAUGGUUUACUUCCUUAUGAACACGAAGCAAAUACUAAGUCAGUCAAAUGCGAUAAUGAAAUACCAGGAAUUAACUUUUAUCUUUAA